CGUUUUAGUGUUGACAGUUGCUUAGACAGUAGGCUUCUGUUUUUUUGGAUUUAAUUGUAAAUAUUUAACAUAAUGAACGAAAACGAUGAGGAACUUACUACAUUUUGUGAUUCAGCAGCUGCAUUGGUAGAAGGCUGUAGAUUGCCUGUUCGCAUGCAGGGAGGCAAUGACUGGCCUCUAGCAGAAAUUAUUAGUAUUAAAGAGAUUCGAGGACAACGAGGCUACUACGUGCAUUAUGUUGACUUCAACAAGCGCCUUGAUGAAUGGGUGUCCGAGUCCUGGCUGGAUACUCGCAAGGUGCAGUUCCCCCGGAGAGAUGGAGCCCCUGCCCCCGCCGGGACCACCACUCCGAAGAAGACACACAUUGGUUCAGGAGGUGGCAUUAUGCCUCAUGUUAUUAAUGAUAGAGUCUGCAAUGACAUACCGAAAUCUAGUAGCGAUACCAAUAGAGAGCUACAAGCUAGUGUGACACCGUUACAGCACAAAGCCCCAGAAAGAACACAUUUUGGCGAAGCGCUCAAUGGUUCCGUUCACAAAAAUGCACCUGUCCCCGGCACGCCAAUGGCGGAGCCGCGGGCGCUGGUGUCGCGGCCCGCGAGCCCCACGCUGCUGGCCGAGCCUCCGCUCGUCAACGGCCAGGCCGUGCUGGCCGCCGCGCUGCACAAGAAGAUGAACAGAAAACGGAAAGCUAACUCCAUAGACAACGAGUCAGAGGCUGGGGAAGAAGGCGAGGCUAGCGCAUCAGGCGCUGCCACACCGACCACGAGACCACGACAGUCCGGCUCUCUCGUAGCGCACGGUCAUGAUGACUUGGUGACACGCAUGAAAAACAUCGAGAUGAUAGAGCUCGGCAAGCAUCGGAUCAGACCCUGGUACUUCGCGCCCUACCCACAGGAAAUGGUGAAUCUCCCCUGCAUAUACAUAUGCGACUUCUGUUUAAAAUAUAGGAAAAGUAGAAAAUGUUUGGAAAGGCACUUGAUCAAAUGUAAGCUAAAACACCCUCCGGGUAACGAGAUCUACCGCAAAGGCAGUAUCUCGUUUUUCGAGAUCGACGGACGGAAGAAUAAAUGCUACGCGCAGAAUCUCUGCCUGCUGGCCAAGUUGUUCCUCGACCACAAGACCUUAUACUACGACACUGAUCCCUUCCUGUUCUAUGUUAUGACGGAAUUUGACUCUAGAGGUUUUCACAUAGUAGGAUAUUUUUCAAAAGAGAAAGAAAGUACAGAAGACUACAAUGUAGCGUGUAUACUGACUCUACCUCCAUACCAAAGAAAAGGAUAUGGAAAACUUCUAAUAGAAUUUAGUUACGAACUGUCCAAGUUCGAAGGCAAAACGGGUUCACCUGAGAAACCACUCUCAGACUUGGGACUCCUCUCAUAUCGGAGCUACUGGGCACAGACCAUCCUGGACAUUCUGAUGCACAGCAAACCAGUUGGCGACAAUGAAAAACCUAUAAUUACUAUAAAUGAAAUCUGCGAGCUGACCAGUAUUAAGAAGGAGGACGUGAUAAGCACGCUCCAGAACCUUAACCUGAUCAACUACUACAAGGGCCAGUACAUCAUCUCGGUCAAUCAGGAACUUAUGCAGCAACACGAGAAGAGUAUGGAGAAACGAACGUUGAAGAUAGACCCGAAAUGCUUGCAUUGGACGCCUAAAGAUUGGUCGAAACGUGCCAAAUGUGUUUGAGGAGCUGCGAGAUAUUACUCUGGCUUCCGACACGUAGCCGAAUUCGGAGCAAAAGUCUUCAUAGAAGAAUAGGUAAAUAUUGUAUCUAUGUCUUACAAGUAACAUAUAUCUAAAAUCUAACUUCGCUACAAAUAAAUUGGGCCGGUAUAAUACCACCCUAGAGGCGUGCAAAUACAUUUUUGGAACGUUGGCUCUGUAAGUUUGUGAACUCAACUGUACUUUAGUACUAGACUAUAUAAGGUGCUUACAUUAUUAGUUGCAGAUAUUCUAACAGAUGAUACUUUACUUUAAAACAAUUAACUUUAAAUAGAAACUAAGACGUUUUUACGUAGCAUAUUUGUUUUUCAGUUUUCUCCAAAAAAACAUCGUAAAAGCUAUAAUGUUAGUGUGUGUGUGUAUGAUAGCAGUUUUUUCUAUCUGAUAUUAAUAUGCAGUAGUUAUAUUUGUACUUACACAGUUAACAUAAUUUAUAAUUUAUGAACCUCCAGGUCUUUUUUUUAUUGUAUCUUUUGUUGCAGUACAUCUUUUGUAUUGUAUUUUUGAUAGGUUUAUAUGACUGUUUGGUUUUCUCAAUAAAAAAAAAUAAAAUAAAAAAGUUUCAUACUUAAAUAUACUCCAGGAACUGAUUAUUAUUAGCUGUAUAAAUAUCUGCAACUAAUAAGGUAGCACCUUAUAUACCUAUCUGAACAAGUUGUAGUACCUAUAUGUAUAUAUAUUUCUGUAUAAAAAAAAUGCAUUACUAAAUUGUUACUGCUGGAUAGGGUUGCUAAUUAUAGUGUGAGUCGAAAUCCCCUAUGUCAUGUUGUAAAUCGUGAAUAAACUGACUCUGAUUUCUUUUAGGUUAAUAUCAAUUGGUGUUAUUUCUUUUGAGAGACUAAAAUAACCAAUAAGGUUAGAAUAUGACUCUUAGGCCCUUGGACUGUUGUCAAAAAAUCAUUGUUUGUAUAAGAUGUGUAAGUUUGAGACAAAUUUGUUGCUUCGAAUUUGACAAUCUAGAUGGCGCUGUAAGGGUACGUACAUUAUGCGGUAACUCUGUGUGUUGGAAGUUUUGACUUUUCAAUUCGUUCGACAAUUCAGUUAUCACAAAACAUGACGCAGUACAGCGCUAUCUAUUUCAGCUGUCAAACUAGGAACACUUUCUUCUUACCCCUUAUUCAUAAACGCGCUACAAACCUCAAUUAGCUAAUAAUCGUUUGUCUUUAUCUGUCCUUUUGACUUAUGUAUUUGUUAGAAAGGGAUAAAACAUAAUUUAACUAAAUCAGGCCCGUAAAGUUUUAUGAAUAAGGGGGUUAGACAACAUAUUUUCUAUAUUCAAUAAUUCUUUACUAUUGUUUCGAUUAUGUAUUUGCCGGUUUAUUAGCUAUCGAGCACGUAGCUCAAACAGUAUUUCAUAAAUCCAUUGUAAGCAAUCUUGAUAAAUUGAAGUAAAAUUUUAUCUGUCAUGUCAUGACUCAUGACUCAAGUAGCGUAUCAAUUGUUUAAUUUAUCGUAUGUCAAGAUGAUUGUAUUAGCGCUUGUACAUAUAGCAGUAAGACUAGAUAUUUGUUCUAAGCCUUAAUUGUGAUAUUAAAAUAUAUCAGUCUAGUACAA